AUGCAAGAGACGACAUUAAUGUUGCCAAAACCAGUUCAAAUCACCCAGAGAAGUGAAGAUGAGAUAAGUCGAGCAGCUGCACCGCAAUUCGUCGAGCCGGCUCCACUUUCACCACAACGAGCGCAUAAUGCAUUCUACAGGUCAACUACUGAACAGAUUGCUAGUUAUAAUCCGGUGGAUGAUUAAAAACUGAACUGCGAUUUUGAAUUUGAAAAAAAAUCACUUUAAUAUUAAAAAAUAGCGCAACUCUCACUACCAAUCUUUCAAUUUUCAAAAAUUUUUAUUGAAAAAAAAUUAUCCUAAAAAUAUGAGUUUAACAUUUUUCUGAUCUAGAAGCUGCAGUUUCAGUGUUGAAAUCCAUUUUUUCAGAAUUUAAUGAGAUCGAGCUUUUAUUUUUUAACUCUAGUGUCAUAUAUCCUUAAAAAAUCAAUAAUUCUCCAUAUCAAAUCAGUUUCAAAAUCAAUCAAUAUCUUCCAAUUAUAACUCGCAUCCAAUUCAGUUCAAAAAUUGACUUUCGAAAUUUUUCUGCUAAUUUUCAUGUCCAAUUUUUCCUUUCGAUAAUAAAUAAACACAUUUCAUUUCAAAUUCAAUUUUGUUGAAAUGCUGAAAAUUUGCAGAAAAAUUUCAGUCAAGAUUUCUCUCUCUCUCUCUUAUCGAAUUUGUUCAAUUUUCAGACCAUUUGUUGCGGAUGAGGUAGAUGAUCGUGAUAUGCCAGCUCCACUUCGUGGUUCGAUUUCUUAUCAUUCGGUUAAUGAGUUGACGCAUAGCCAAUUUGGAACUAUCAAGUGAGUAGAAAAGAUUUGGGAAUUUUUGAAUUUAGGGUUUUUGCGAGGUCAAACUAUUUGAGCUUGUUGUUUUUCUGAAAAAUUUGAGAUUGCAAAUAUGAAAAAAAAACAGCUUCCAAACUACUGUACAUCUGGACUUUCAAGCAAUUUUUACUUUUGAGAAGCUUCCAUAAAAAAAUCCUUUGAAGAUUUUAAAAAUCAGAACAUGCUCUUUUAGAUGAGCACAACUAAUUUUUUGCUCAGACUCCACUUUUGAACAAUUUUUGAACUUCAAAAUAAUGCUCUUCACGUUUCCGGUGUCAACUUUUAAUUUAAAAUUAUUAAACUUUUCUCAAGUCCGAAGUAAAAAAAUCUAUUUUUAACCCAAUCGACCAUUUUUUUCCAGAACAAUCGACAAACCAAAAGACAAAAGUUCGGAAAGAAUGUACAAACGUCCAGGAUUUGAUAACGUUCCAUCAUAUUGA